AGCAUCUGCAGGCACACCAUGGCGAGCUCAAUAGCCGAGCUGUCAGCGUACGACGCAGCGAGCAUCCUUGCGUCGUUUGAGCGAGUGCCCAGCACGCCGGCGCCGCUGCCCUCGCCACAUGCGCCGCCGUCGUUCUGGCAGCAGACAUAUGCCGGACCGGGAGCGGAGCAGGGCGUGCGCGACGACAGGGCCGUGCAGGGCCAGGCCGACGUCGCCAUCGUGGGGAGCGGCAUUACGGGCAUCUCCGCGCUCUACCACCUCGCCCGCACGCUGCCAGCGCCGGCGCGGCUGGUCGUGCUCGAGGCGCGCGACUUCUGCGGCGGCGCCACGGGGCGCAACGGCGGACAUCUGACGCCCGUCUCUGCGCUGUGGUACUCGGACCUGGCCGCCUCACAGGCACAUCUCUCGCGCUACCUUCCGGCCCCACCGCCGGGCAAGACGCGCGAGGAGGUGUGGGGCAACGACCGCGGCGCGCAGACCGACGAGACGGUGCGCCGCAUGCUCACCCUCGAGGCUCGCACUGUUGCAGAACUCCUGGCGCUCACGCGCGGAGAGAUGGCCAUGGAGAAGAAGCGCGCGCGUGUGAGCAAGACGCAGGAGCACGACAUCGAUCCGCAACUCGUGAUGCAGGGCAACUGGACGCUCGCAUUCACGCAGCAGGAGGAGCAGGCGUACGAGGACGCGCUCGAGCGGGCGAAGCGCGCAGGCCUCAGCGACUGGGCCAAGCAUGUGCGGCGAGUCGAUCCAGAGGAGGUCCGCACGGCACUCGGAGCACGCGAGGUGCGCGCGGCGUGGAGUGCGCCAGGCUCCACGGUCCACCCUCGUCGCCUCGUCGCGCUGCUCUACCACGCUGCCCGCCGCGAAGCAGCGGCGCGCGGCAUUGAGAUCGAGGUGCACACUGCGUGUCCCGUGGAGCGGAUAGCGGAGCAGGCAGGCCCGCAUCGCGUACGGCUUGCAACAGCACGCGGCGAGCUCGAGGCUCGCUAUGUCGUGCACGCCACGAAUGGCUGGGCAUCUCAUUUGGCUCCGCAGCUGGCAGGUCCCGACGGCAUCGUGCCUACCCGCGGCCAAGUCGUCGCCGUGCGGCCCACGCAGGCCGUCGACUGCCCGCAGGGCCUGCUGGCCAACGACGGCUUCGAGUAUGCGCUUGUGCGGCCGCUCAGCGAGGAGGCCGGCGCGCCACCUCCCAUCAUCCUCGGCGGCGGCCGCGAGAAGGUGGCGAGCGCAGAGUGGGGCGUGACGGACGACCAUACGACGGCGCCGGAGGCGAGCACGUUCCUACGCAGCUACCUGCCCACAUUGGCGCCCGAGGCGUUCGGCGGCCAGGCGCCGCACGCAGAGUGGACGGGCAUCAUGGGCUUCACGCGCUCGCGCGACCCGCUCGUGGGCCCGCUGCUGCGCGACUCUGCGCUGGGCGGCGAGCAGGCUGCGGCAGUGCCCGGACAGUUCAUCUCUGCCGGCUACUCUGGUCACGGCAUGCCGCGCGCCUUCUCAUGCGCCGAGGCCGUCGCGCAGAUGAUCGUCGCCGAGGAGCGCGGCCAGGAGUGGGACUGUCCCGUCUGGUUCCCGCGCUGCUACCUCACCGCGCCGCCCUCCCUUCUGCACGACGGCGCUCACUAGACGUGUGUGUGUGUUCGUAUUAUCAUUGCAUGCAGUGGUC